AUGCUUUUAGAGUUAUGUACUCAAUGUACUGCAACUUCAAGCCCCGCUGAAGACAUAGCUAUAGAGCGCAAAGAAAGAAAGAAGUGGACUCCCACAAAGGAUAAACUGCUCAUUAGCGCACGGUUAAACACGAGCAAGGAUCCUGUGGUUGGCAAUGAGCAAAAGGCUGGUGCUUUCUGGAAGCGAAUAACAGCUUACUAUGCAGCUAGUCCAUCGGUUGAAAGCAGUGAAAAGCACGAGGCAAUUCAGUGUAAGCAAAGGUGGCAGAAGAUUAAUGAUCUUGUCUCCAAGUUUUGUGGAUCCUUUGAGGCUGCAACAAGACAGAAAACAAGUGGCCAGAAUGACAGUGAUGUUGUUAAACUGGCACACGAGAUCUUCUACAACGAUCACAAGAUGAAAUCCAACCUUCACCAUGCAUGGGAGGAGCUGCGCCAUGACCAGAAAUGGUGCGAACUGGCUACCAAUAAGAAAGAUGGAAGCUUUAAGAAGAGGAGGUGUGAUGAUGGUGCACAAUCAGCAAGCUCUCAAGCCACUAUCAAUGUAGAAGAUGAACCAACCAAACGGCCACUUGGUGUUAAGGCAGCGAAAAAAGCAAGUGGUAGGAGACCUAUAGUGGAUGGAAAGGGUGUCGAUGAGUUUCAGAGAAUGUGGUCAAUCAAAGAGAAGGACUUGGCAGUGAAAGAGAGACUGACCAAGAUGAAUCUGCUUGAAAGACUCCUUGCAAAAAAAAAGGCACUUUCGGAAGUAGAAGAAGCCUUAAAGGACAAGCUAAUUACAGAAAUGUUGGAUAAUUAA